AAUAAUUAAAAAAAAUAAAACAGACUUCCUGCAUACGGCAGGAAUGGCCGUUGCUUGGCUUCCUCAUUAAUCGCCCCCCUUCGCAUUUCUCUCUCUCGUCUUCGCUUGUAUUGCGAUUUUGAUCUUUUCCAAGCCUGAAAACCGGCAAUGCAGCGCAUCGUCGACAACGUCCUCGCAGUCGCCAAAGAAUCAGUUAAAACUUUCACUUAUGAGUCCUUGAACAAUAUUGCGAGGCUGAUAAAUGGAGUCUCUGCUCUUCUUUUAGCCCUUUUGCCUGGGAAGACUACUAUUCUUGAAGGUAUUAAUGGAUGGGAACUCAGGCCAACUUUUCGUGGGCCUCGAUUUCCACGCUGGAUGGAAAAUGGUGUAUCAUCUUUCAACCAGUUCAUUUAUCAACUUGCUGUGGAUUCUGAUACUUCGUCAAGUAUGGAUUGCUCAUCAGGAGAGGAAAAUGAUGAUGAAUACAUGCAUCCUGCAUCACCAUUAUCUCAAAGUUCUCGAGCCUCCAGAGCAAGCAGCAUCACUAAGUAUGAUAACCGCUGGAUAUACUGGAUAAGAUACAUAUUUUCUUGGAUUUCGUUUCCUGCUACAUUUCUGCUGGCAAUACCCUCUUUUCUCUAUAAUUUAUCUCAUUUUAUGGGGUCAAGAACUCCUUCUACACCUGGAAUCCACCAGUCUCCACAUUUACAUUCUGACAAAAAAGUGCCCUCUCUUAAGGACCAUGUUGUUCAACGCACCACUGAUAAAAGACGUGGAGUGAUUGAGGAUCUUCAUCUAGCAGUUGAGAUCUUCAUAGAAGCUGUAUUUGAUUUUUUUCACAAGGCAGCGCACUGUCUUCUUUCCCCAUCAGAAGCUGUUCAAAUACUAUCGAGAUGGUUUUCUACUAGUAUCACAGAUAGCAACAUCCCUUCUGCUAGUUCAGAUGCAUGUAUUCCUACUGCCACACUUGGAGAGAAUGAUCCUACUCCUACAGAAAGAGAAACUACUUCUCGACAGACACUCAAUACUGAUGCACGGACAUGUCAGGAUGUGAUUAGAGAGCUUGGAUACCCAUAUGAAGCUAUACAUGUGGUUACCACUGAUGGAUACGUUCUUCUUGUGGAGAGACUUCCAAGGCGUGAUGCACGGAAGGCUGUUUAUCUACAGCAUGGAAUCUUGGAUUCAUCUAUGGGUUGGGUGUCUAAUGGAGUUGUUGGCUCUCCAGCUUUUGCAGCCUUUGAUCAAGGGUUUGAUGUUUUCCUUGGGAAUUUUCGUGGUUUGGUUUCAAGAGAGCAUGUUGACAAGAACAUUUCAUCACAACGGUACUGGCAGUACUCCAUCAAUGAGCUUGGAACUAAAGAUAUACCUGCAAUCAUAGAGAAGAUUCACCAAGUAAAAACAUCUGAACUAAAAUGUAGUCGACCUAUUACUGAAGAAACCAAUGAUGAUCAACCAUAUAAGCUUUCUGCGGUCUGCCAUAGCUUGGGUGGAGCUGCCAUCCUGAUGUAUGUCAUAACACGUCAGAUUGAAGAGAAGUCGCAUAGACUGUCCAGAAUGAUCCUCUUAUCACCUGCCGGCUUCCAUGAAGAUUCCAACAGAAUGUUUUCAGUAUUGGAGUGCCUGUUUCUUGCACUGGCUCCCAUCCUGGAGCCCAUUGUUCCUGGCAUGUAUAUACCUACAAGAUUUUUCCGUAUGCUGCUGAACAAGCUGGCUCGUGAUUUCCAUAACUACCCUGCAUUUGGAGGAUUGGUUCAAACCCUAGUGGGUUAUUUUCUUGGUGGAGAUAGCUCAAACUGGGUUGGAGUGUUGGGUUUACCGCACUAUAACAUGAAUGAUAUGCCAGGGUUGUCGUUUCGUGUUGCUCAUCACCUGGCACAAAUGAAGCGAGCAAGAAAAUUCAAGAUGUAUGAUUAUGGGAGUGCACAUGCAAAUAUGGAAAUGUAUGGAUCUCCUGAGCCUUUGGAUUUGGGUAAAUCCUAUGGGCUCAUUAACGUUCCUGUUGAUCUGGUUGCCGGGCGCAUAGACCAGGUGAUCCGGCCAUCCAUGGUCAAAAAGCACUACAAUUUGAUGAAAGAAUCUGGGGUGGAGGUUUCAUACAGGGAGUCUGAGUAUGCUCAUUUGGAUUUCACAUUUUCCCACAGUGAAGAACUCUUGGCAUAUGUCAUGUCACGCUUACUGCUUAUUGAGUCACCCCCCAUUCCAAAAGCAGCCAUUGAUUCAGAAGGCUUAAGGUUGAGAAGGAACAAUGAACGUGGAGGGUAAAUUGUUGGGGGAUGGAGAAUACAGAAGAGUCCAAUCACUUGUGCUUCAAUACUCGAAAGAAAUUAGCAUGCUUAUGUGUUGUAAGUUAGAUGUGCCGUAUGUUGUAUAUGAUUUGAGUAUAUCAUUUUGCUUUAGCGUCUUAGUUACAGUUGGUUGUACAUGUCCCCUUCUUUCCCAUAAUUUUUUUGGGAAGGUCCAGUGGUGUAUGCUAUAUGCCAGUUAGUGUCUUUGUUCUGUCCCUAAAUACAAAUGACUGCGCACACUUUUAUUUUUUCCCCUCUUGUUUGGAGGUUUAAUUAAAGACCUCGCCUUGAUUGGAUGGUUUUUCUUGUAAGGCGAUGAUGAUGAUGAUGAUGAUGAUGGUGAUGAUGUUGAUGAUUAUUGUAUAACUUUUUGAGUAAAA